AUGAGUCUAGGCAUCAUGGAGGAGGAAGAUCUGGCCGAGUACUUCCGGCUGCAGUAUGGAGAGCGGCUGCUGCAACUGCUUCAGAAGUUUCCCCACAUUGAGGAGCAAUCAGAAUCCCCAUCUAUCCAGCUACUGGAGAAGAAGAAGGAGGCCAAGAUCAUGCACCAUGCCAUGUUGCAGAAGAAGGAGGCAUUUCAGCACAGAAUGGAAACUCUGAACCUACGCUGGGAGGAACUGGGCAUCAAGGAAGCCCAGUUGAAGGCCCACAUGCAGAAGUUCGAACAGUUCAUCCAGGAGAAUGACCAGAAACGGAUCCGUGCCCUGAAGAAAGCUACUAAGGAGAGAGAACUUAAGAGGCAGCGCAUGCGCGAGCUGGCCAAGGCCAAGCAGGAGAUGGCGGCCCUGCGGCUACAGCACCAGCGGCUGAACAGCAAGCUACAGGACUACUCCAUCUUCAACAAGUACCUGGAGAAGGUGGUGGAGAACUCAGAGUUCGAAGAGAUCCACGAGGUGAUGGCGCGCUACAAGACGCUGGUGAGCAUGCACGAUGACCUCAUGCAGUCGGCGCAGGAGGGCCAGGAAAAGAUCGAGCGUGCCAAGGCACGGCUGGCACGCUACAUGGAGGAGAAGGACGAUGAGAUCCUGCAGCACAACAAUGAGCUGGCACGCUUGCAGAUGCGCUUCGACCGCGCCCGCAGUGAUGUCAUUGUCUGGGAAUCUCGCUGGGCACAUAUCCAGAACACCGCAGCCAAGAAGACCCUCUUGCUUGGCACCAUUAAGAUGGCAACACUGAACCUCUUCCAGACUGUGAGCAAGCAGCUGAAGGAAGCAUCCUUUGUAUCCCUGGAGGAUACGCACAAACAGCUGGACAUGAUCCAACAGUUUAUCCAGGACCUGUCGGACAUCUGGGCAGAGGUAAAGAAGAAGGAGCAACAGCAGAUCCGGGUGUAA